AUGCUUUCUACCCUGGCCUUGACACUGCUCCUGCAGCUUCCUGCUUCAGGGUGCAGGAGUGAGAAGCUCUUCUGCUUUCCCAAAGUCAGCCCUAGCCUCACCAGAGAUGGGGACCUGGUGAUUGGAAGCUUUCUGCCUCUGUAUUCAGUGAGAGUGAGUAGUUUUGCAAGAGCAACAGUUUUUACAAGUCAGCCCAACAGGGACUGCAGGAGUUAUCAGUGGCUGCACAAAAACUACCAGCAGGCCAUGACCAUAAGGUCUGCUGUGGAGGAGAUCAACAGGGACCCUGUUCUCUUGCCCAACAUUUCUCUGGGAUUCCAGGUGUACAAGGCCAACCACAGUGAGGAGAGGACCUUGGAGAGCUCCCUGCGGUGGUUGACAGGAGGGGGUCAGCUAGUCCCUAACUUCAGCUGCAGAGGGCAGAACAAGUCUGUGGCUGUCAUUGGAGGAGCCACAUCAGCUCUGUCUGUCCAGAUGGGGACCCUGCUGGAGCUCUACAAGUAUCCACAGCUCAGCUUUGGCCCUUCUGAUCCCAUCCUGAAUGACAAAGCCCAAUUUCCUUCUCUCUACCAGAUGGCUCCCAGAGACUCCUCCUUGCCUAGAGGUAUGGUCCAGUUACUGGUAUAUUUUAAAUGGACCUGGGUAGUUCUGGUGACCACAGAUGAUCUCAGGGGUGAGGAAUUCCUUCGUGAAGUGACAGGGGAGAUGGCAAAGCAUGAUGUCUGUGCUUCCUUAACAGAGAAGAUCCCUGUCAGUGAGAGAUCACAUGAAGAAUCAGAGCUGUAUUUUAUGCCCAGGAUUAUUGCAUCUCCAGCUAGGGUAGUGGUGGUUCAUGGUGAUGCAGAUUCAUUAAUGGUUCUCAGAUAUUCACAAAUGCCAUUUUCGCCAACAACUAAGGUGUGGAUCACCACCGCUCACUGGGACAUAACUAUGAGACCUUACUAUUUUGACACUUUUUUUGGUGGAGCUCUCAUAUUUACAUACAUGACUGAUGAGGUUCCUGGUUUUAAGUCUUUUCUCAGGACAGUGAACCCAAAUAAAGAGCCAGAGGACAUCAUACUUAGUGAGUUCUGGUUGUCAGCUUUCCAGCGCAAGGGGGAUUAUGAAAAGCAAGAGCUAGAACAGUGUGCCCCAAAUGCUACAUUGGAAACUUUGCCCAUAUUCCUUUUUGAUAUGACUAUGUCUGGCCUGAGUUACACCAUCUACAAUGCAGUGUAUACUGUGGCUUGGGCCCUUCAUGCAAGGCUUCUGAUGAAAACAGAGAUUUCAUCUGAGGAAGCUAGAGAAAACUGCAUGCCUCAUCCUUGCCCAUUUGCUGAAAUGGCUUACCAGGCCAUGGCCACUGCAAAUACCAUAGCUUCUUGGAGCCACAGACAGGAUCUGACUGCAUUUUCUUCCUCUUCAGAUGUGGACCACUGUGAGAAGUGCCCAGAACAUGAGUAUCCAAAUAAGGAUAGAGAUCACUGCUUCCCCAAGGUUGUGACCUUCCUGGAUAUUGCAGAACCUGUGGGGAUAACACUAGCAUUUAUAGCUGUUUCUUCCUCUCUCCUGACAACUCUGGUUCUCUGGGUUUUUGUAAAGUUUCAAGACACUCCCAUAGUCAAGGCCAAUCACCAGGCUCUCAGCUAUACUGUCCUCAGCUCCCUCACCUUCUGUUUCCUCUGCUCCUUGUUUUUCAUUGGCUGUCCCACUGCAGCCACCUGCCUCCUCAGACAAACAACUUUUGGAGUUGUCUUCACUGUGGCCGUGUCCUCUAUUUUGGCAAAAACCAUUAUGGUGGUCCUGGCCUUCAGGGUAACAAGACCAGGGAGUAGAAUCAGGAUGUGGGUGCAAUCUAGGGUGUCCAACUCUGUUGUCCUCAUCUGCUCUGGAAUCCAGGUGAUUCUCUGUGGUAUUUGGCUGGGAACUUCUCCCCGCUUCCCAGACUUGGACCCAUACUCUGAACCUGGUCACAUCAUCAUUCAGUGUAAUGAGGGCUCUGAUAUUGCCUUCUACUGUGUCCUGGGCUACAUGGGCUUCCUAGCCCUGGGCAGCUUUACUGUGGCUUUCCUGGCCAGAAGCCUGCCUGACACCUUCAAUGAAGCCAAGUUCAUCACAUUCAGCAUGUUGGUGUUCUGCAGUGUGUGGGUCUCCUUCCUCCCCACAUAUCAGAGCACCAAGGGUAAGGCCAUGGUAAUUGUAGAGAUCUUCUCCAUCCUUGCCUCCAGUGCUGGGUUACUGGGCUGCAUCUUUAUUCCCAAGUGCUAUGUGAUCCUACUGAGGCCAGAAAGAAAUACCCAAGAAGGGAUAAAGAAAAAAGUGGGUUCCAAGGGCUGA